GUGCGCUCUAUUUUUGCGUGAUGUAUUUUUUCAAUUUGAUCGACAAAGUUUUGGUUUUAUAAGGAAAAGUGUUAAAAAAUACUGUGUUUACUAAAAGUGCUUUUGAUGAAAUGAAUGUGUGUUAUUGAUAAAUUGUGUUAAAAAUGGGAGAAGACUUGGAUAGAAUAAAAUCUUUGCCUUUGUCAUGUCUUCCUAUAAGAACUCGCGAACUGUUAUCAUGCCUGUUGGAUACUCCAAAAAUCAUCCCCACCGAUGGACCUGUGAAGCUGCCCAGAGAUUGGCGAGGCCUGGCCGACUUGGUCAAUGUGUCAGCUGAGAGGGCCGCCUACAUCCGUCUGCAACCACAAAAGACUGUCAAAGUUUUGGAAAUCUGGCAGAAAGACAAUUCAGCUACAGUUGGACAUCUUUUGCAGCACUUGGAGCGUUUAGACCGCUUUGAUGUCUAUGAUGAUUUAUGUGAUGAUCUCAAAGAAGCAAUUAGUAAGGGAGAACUCUUAGAUAAGCCACAAGCCAAUGAACAAAAUCAAAUAGCAAUAAAUAACAACAAUAUUAACCACAGUAAUACCAGUUCCAAUGAUGAAGACAGAGAGUUUGAUCCAAUAACUUAUGAUGAUGGCCCUGAUUAUGAGCAGCACUAUGAUGCCUUUGUGCUAUAUGCCAAGGAAGAUCAAAAGUUUGUUGAUGAACUGCUAUCUAGAAUGAGUGCUGAAGGCUUUCAGCUCUGCACCGCAGACCGACUACAGCCGGGUCACGCGACGCCAUACGCGCCUAUAACGAAACUCAUGCUAGAGAGAUGCAAAAGAAUUAUCCUCAUCUGCUCGCCAGACUUUCUACUCAUUAAGUCCAACAAGUACUACAGUGAAUAUGCACAAGCUGUCAGCAUUGAGUCACACAAUCACAAGAUAAUCCCGAUAAUGUACCGCGAGUGUAUUCUGCCGUCGAACCUGGCGUUCUACCACAGACUACACUACAAUCCGAACGAGGAGCGCGCCGUGUUCGACUUCUGGCUGAAACUCAAACAGUCGUUGCAAAUAGCGCGAGCCAUGCCUAGUAGACCACGCAUCACUAACAAUAACAACGUAAGCGUAAGCAGACUGAACGGUACAACCCUACCACAGGUGAACAUUGUAGAGCUCCCGCCAAGCAAUGUCAUCCCGGAUUACUCGGAUGAUCAGCUCUUCCUCCCGAGUCCUCCAACAACCACGAGCCUUUCUAUGAGCUCCCUGAACGUUAAGACCGCAGCUGACACCAACUCCUUGAGUAGCAUGAGCCAGACAAGUGCGGCCAGUAGGAAAAAGAAGAAGAAAUUCGGAAUCUUUCGACGUGCUCUCAAAUAUUUACGACCCUCAAAGUCCGAAGAAGCUAUAAUGGUUGCCCAUUAAAGUACGCUGUAUGCACUUAACUGAGUAGCCACAGCCAAGUGUUAUUUUUAAAUGUCAAUUUAAAAGUAUACGCUUUGAUUUGAAAGUUACAGCCUCUGUUUCAUAAGCUUGGUAAGCCUUGCAUUGUGAUAAUUGACUACAGGCUUAUAAUGCGCAUUUUGGAAAUAAGACAAAACUAUAAAAUACAAAAGCAUAUCGGCAUAAUACUAGUAACUUUAAUAGGUUAUAAGUUAUAUAAUAUUUAGUUAUGUUAUUGCGUAGCUUGCUCAAAUACGUACCGCUUGUCCCUCACCCACUUGGGGUGUAUUUCUCAUACCUUAUAUUGACGUAUCUCUCAAAGCAUUUUGUUAUGAAACUAUUCAUGUGCUAGUAACAAUUACAUCAUACUUUUUACAUUUAUUCGCUUGCCUUUCUCAUAUUGCCUUAUCUUCUCAAUUUACUACUGUAACUCUGGCUAGAAAUAAGCUGUAAGAAUAAAAUAAAUCAUUUUAUAUUAAUAUAAAAGAGGAACAUAUUUUUUAAAGUUGUUAUUAAAUUGAAUAUUUUUAGAUAUUCUAUUUGAUAAAAGAAUUAUAUUAGAUAUGUAUCGUAGUUAUAUUGAUAACUUGUAUACGGAGUUGCGGAUUAUAUUACGAUAUAAUUCGAGCGCAGUCGUGCGUCGCGAUAUGUACACUAUGUUUUGAAACAGAGCAUUUGUGAUAUCAAGUCUGUUCGCCUUCAUAAUUAUUUGAUUAUGUUUAAUUAUCUAUGAAGGACAUCUGCUAAUCUGGAUUUAACAAAAUUGUAGUUAAAUUCUAAUAUAAACUUAAAUGUUUUAAUAUAAACGGUGUUGUCGGCAUAAAAUGCAAUUUAUUGUUAGGCUUCCUUUAAACGGACCAAUAUUGUGAUUUUAUAUAAAUAUACAAGUGUUCACAUUUUUGUAAAUUUUACUGAUGAAAUAUUUUGUCAAGUUAUUUGUAAAUAUAAUUGAUAUGUUAGUUACAAUCGUAUUUUAUUGCAGCGUCCUCAUCAUAUAAUUGUCUGUGCCUUCAUCUGAUUAAUUAAUUUAUCUUUUAACAAAACUUCAG